ACGCGUUCAGUGCGUUUCCUGGGUGCCGGUGUUCCGCGCGAUGGCGGCGCGGUCAAAACGCCUCACGCGCCCGCCCGCGAAACGUCGCGACGCGGACGACGCGAUGUUCGAUGAGGCCGAGGUGCAGCGCGCGCUGCGAGCGUCGGUGAAACUUCAAAAGCGAACGUCUUCGACGUGUAUGCCUUCGUGCCCGACGUUUCACCCCACCCCGGAGCAGUUCCGCGACCCGUUCGCGUACAUUAAGAGCAUCACCAGCGAGGGGAUCGCCGCGGGGAUCGUGAAAAUCGUCCCUCCGGAAGGUGCGACGCGCGCGCGCGGACGCGUCGUCGUCGUCGUCGACGACGACGACUACGACGACGACGACGCGCGAAGUUUCAGAUUCGGAGUCGAGCGUCGGUCCCCCAGCCUCCACCCCGUGCGCUUCCCCGUCCCCCGCGCCUGCGCGGACGGCGCCCGAUGGAGACCGCCGUUCAACGCAAACGCGGGCGGCGGCGAGAUCCCAUUCGACACGAAACUCCAAGCGGUGCACCGCCUUCAAGAGGGAGUUGACUUCGAGGACGGGAAACGGUACACGCGCGAGAGUUUUCGCGCCAUGGCGGACUCAUUCGCGGCAGCGUGGAUGCACGCGCACUUGUCGUUAGACGCGGAGGUGAAACGGUUGAUGAUAGAGCGCGGAUUCGAGGAAGCGGACGCGAGGGCAAGGGCGGUGGAGGAAGAAUUUUGGUAUGGAUCUUCUCUUGAAUCUGUCCCUACCUGUAUCUCCCCUUCUUCCCUCUGCUUGUGUCAUCGUUCGUCUCGACGACGACAAUGA